AUGCCUUACCAAACCUACAAAAAGAUUGCCUUGGUCGGAGCCACUGGGAAUCUUGGCGCCGUGGUACUCCAAGAACUUCUCGCAUCUAACCUCUUCGAAAUCACCGUCCUUACUCGAACAUCUGGCACAAGUACCGGCCCUCCUGGAGUCAAAUACAUCAAAGUAGACUUUGAUUCCUUCGAUUCAUUGGUCACGGCUUUAGAAGGACAAGAAGCUCUGGUAUCAACCGUAGCGUCUGCCGCAGUUCAAGCACAGAAGCUACUGAUUGAUGCAGCUGUCAAAGCAGGAGUGAAACGGAUCAUUCCAUCUGAAUUUGGGUGCGAUCUCCACAACGUCAAAACACGCGAUUUGCCUGUCUACGCCGCGAAGGUUGAAAUCGAAAAUUACUUGAGUGAACUUGCUGUAAAGGGGGUCAGUUAUACAUUGGUUUACACGGGGCCAUUCUUAGACUGGGGCCUUAGAAACGGAACGUUCUUCAAUUUCAAGGGCAGGAAAGCGGAGCUGUAUGAUGGUGGCGAUCAACUUUUCAGUACGAGUCGCUUGUCAACCAUCGGAAAAGCAGUGCGAAGGAUCCUUACCCAUCCUCCAGAGACGGCUGACCGGGCCGUCUGGGUCAAGGAUAUCGAUGUAUCGCAGAAACAGUUGCUGAAAUUGGCACAGGCACUGACGCCCGGCGAAGAAUGGGAAGUGAAGGAAGUUGAUACUGCCGAGCUGGAAAAGCAAGCUCGGGAGGAGAUACAGAAGAAGAACAUAGGACCAACGACCAUGCUCAAUCUCAUCAGGCGAGCCAUCUAUGCUCCUGGGUACGGCAAUAAGUUUCAGCGCGUGCAUAAUAGUGUACUGGGAAUCAGAGGGAUGACCGAGCCGGAUUUGGAAGAGCUUGUACUUAGCAUAUUUGGAACAAAAUGA